AUGACCACCACCACCACUGUAGCUCCUGCCACAACAUCGACUACCACCACCACUUCUUUGACGCCUGCCACCACAACCACUGCCGCUCCUUCCACGACAUCGCCUACCACCACCACCACUCCUGCCACGACAUCAGCUACCACCACCACUGCUACGAUGCCAGCCACCACCACCGCUGCAGCUCCUGCUACGACGCCGGCCACCACUACCACUGCCGCUCCUAGCACAACAUCGCCUACCACCACCACUCCUGCCACGUCAGCUACCACCACCACUGCUAUGACGCCUCUCAUCACCACCACUGCAGCUCCUGCCAUAACAUCGACUACAACCACCACUGCUUCGACGCCGGCCACCACUGCCGCUCCUACCACGACAACGCCUUCCACCACCACCACUCCUGCCACGACAACCACAAGUACCUCCGCUGCUUCUGCAACGGCCACCUCUGAGCCUACUACCACCAUGACCACCACCACCACUUCAGCUCCUGCCAUGACAUCGACUACCACCUCUCUUGUCACGACGUCAGCUACCACCACCACUGCAGCUCCUGCCACGACAUCGACUACCACCACCACUGCUUCGACGCCGGCCACCAGUACCACUGACACUCCUACCACGACAUUGACUACCACCACCACUGCCAUGACCAGUUCUACCUCAACGAUAGUGGGUGUCUCUUCCACUGCACCUGGUGGCUCUUCCACCACUGCAACAGGCACCUCUUCCUCUACGAGUGUUGGCUCAUCCACAACCAGCGGUGCCUCCUCCACCACUAUGGGCAUCUCCUCCACUACCAGUAGUGCUGCCUCAACAACAAUGACUGUCUCCUCCACCAUGACAGGCGGCGCCUCCUCCACUACAUUGAGUGUGUCCUCAACAACGAAGUAA